CUCUCUUAUCAGACGUUCUAUCCCCGUCCCUCCUCCGCACCGCCCUCUGCACCGCCCCACCAUCACUCCCUCGCGUCACUCCUUAAGCUUGCUGAGGAGAGAGCUCCGCUGGCAGGGAGAGAGUGAGGCAAGAGCUCUCCCCUCACGCAACACAAAGCCAGGCCCAGCAGUCCUCCCUCCAGGCUCCAGCUCAGGUGAAUUCAGUUGCCCUCGAGCCGUCUUCUGAGGAGGGUGUCACUGCCUUUCCUCCGGUCGAGCCUCGAGUGUGGCUUGAAAAAGAGACCUUCACACGCGAGCACUCCUGGACUGGCAAUUAGGAAAGACAUCGAAGGAAAAAAAAAAGCGAUUGUACUGAUGAAAGGAAUAAAAACACAGCCACCUAGACAAGCAAAAAUAUACUUAGGCUGUUAGAAGAGGAAUAAUAGUAAUAAUACAAAUAACAAUGAAAGGAAAUCUGUUUUCUCCCUCCCUCGCCGAGUGUAGUGAAGUGACGUGAAAUUCGCUUUUUAAUUUGUAAGACACCUGAGCGAGACAGCCAAGAGUGGUGCCAGUGCUGCAUCCGCCACUACUGUCACCACUGCCCCGCAUCCGUCAACAAUCAGUGCUGUGGUUGACUCUGCCGCGACGCUUUGGGAACUGUAACAACAGCAGCAGCAGCAGCAGCACGUGACGCAGCAGACAGCAGAGGCCUCGUCCAUCACUGUCACCACCGCCGGCGCCUCCGUCAGUAGCUGUCACGCGUCCAAUCCAGUCUCCGCCGCUCCCUACUCGCCUCCGCCCGCAUCCUCCCCGCCAUUAUCCACGGGACAGAUCCUGCUCAGUCCACACGAGGGAAGAGACAUGGAUGAGGGUAAUAUUAGCAACAGUGGCAUCCCCUCACCCCCUGCUGUUUCUCCCUCCCCAAUGCCGCCACAGUCGCACACUAUCUCCCACAGCGAUAUGGGAAAGCCGCGCCCGCCGCACUCCGCGUCCCAUAAACAGACGGUAUUUGACGGGGAGGGAGUCUUCACCAUCACGCGGUCCCCGUCAGUGGUGACCCAGCAGCCCUCCCUCACCGUCCUGCCCCACCAGCCCCACGACGAGGAUCACGACGAUCUCCACAAUAAUAACAUCAUCAACACCAACAACAAGGAGGUCUCGGAGAAGUACCAACUCGGCCUUGACCCCCUCAAAGAUGGCAGUAACAAGAAAGACACCACCGCCCCUGUCACCAACACGGUACAUGCUGCAGGUGUCGCCGCGGCUUUUGGUGGUGGUGCUGUUGUUGCCAGUACCGCCGCCGCCGCCGCCAGUGCAGCCGACGACCCGUGCAGCGCUUACAUGAGACGGGUAUGCUGUGAGGCGCUGUGUGACCCGCUGUGUCUCAUGUGCUGUCUGGCCUGCAAUGCUGACUGCUGUUCUGGAUGCGCCAAUCUCGAUCUCUGCUGUUUAUUGUGCCACAUAUGUACUCGUUUAUAACUGUCUAUGUUUGUGUGUGUGUAUGUUUUUAUAUCUGUGUAUAUGCAUGUUAGUGGGGGAAGGAUGGACAGAAAAGGAUCUCUGUUUUAAUUUAAAUUUUUACGUAUUUAUUGAUUUUUUACUCUAUUAGCAGUGGUUAGUACAUUUAGUGAAGUGGAAAGAUUAUAGUACAGUUAUUUGUCCCUCUUUUAUAGUUAAUCUGAUGACUUCAUGUACCGUUCAGCUCCCUCGCUCUAGAGAGAUUGUGUUUCGCCACAGACAGCUAAUUUUGGUUACUGAUCUUAUAUACCGUACUGUACCUGUGUGUGUGUGUGUGUGUGUGUGUGUGUGUGUGUGUGUGUGUGUGUGUGUGUGUGUGUGUGUGUGCACGCACCAGUUUUCAUUUACUUUUAUCAUCAUCAUCAUCAUCAUCAUCAUUAUUAUUAUCUAGGUGUCCUCCACAAGUGAUCCUUCCUCCCUCCCCCCGACCGCUCUCUCUCUCUCUCUCUCUCUCUCUCUCUCUCUCUCUCUCUCUCUCUCUCUCUCUCUCUCUCUCUCUCUCUCUCUCUCUCUCUCUCUCAAUUACGAUUUCGAUUUUUCUCAAGGUUAAAACACUGAGUGAAGUGAAGAGGUCCUUCAUUUUUUUUUUUUUCUUUUCUUCUCUUUUCUUUUAUGGUUCUGAAAUGGUGACGAGAAGUUUAUAGAGACCGAGUGUGUGUGUGUGUGUGUGUGUGUGUGUGUGUGUGUGUGUGUGUGUGUGUGCAUGCAUGUCAUUUGCCUCCGGUCGUCUGCUGUUCACCUACGAUCAUCUGUUGGUCACCCAGCCAGCCAUUCCCCGACCGGUAGAACAGAACAGUCACACGUUACACACCGGGACGGCGGGGACAGCGAGGCCACAACCCCUCGUGUUACAUCCCGUACCUACUUGCUGCCAGGUGAACAGGGGCUACACAUUGAUUUAGAGGCUCUCCCAUCUGCCUCGCCGCGCCCAGGACUCGAAUCCGGGUGGUAGAUUUCCGUUUUGCUCUCAGUAUUCGGCGCGUUACUCCUGAAUAUCCUUAGAUUAGGUUAGGUUUAGGUUAGUUCAAGAUAAAUUACGUUUGCUGUCAUGUAACUUUAUCUGGGAUUCACAAUGAGACUAUUUUUUAGAAAAUCCUAUGAUCAGUUUCGGAGGGUAUGACCGCGCGUCAUGCUUAGGGGAACCAUCAAACUCCCAUGCACUUCGGAAAUAUGCACCCUGUAGAGCCGAGCGUGCUAAUCACUUCACUACGCGGUGUGUGUGUGUGUGUGUGUGUGUGUGUGUGUGUUUCUGGAUGCUCUACUCACUCUUGGGUUUUUUUGUUUCUCCAUCUCCUCCUCCUCCUUCUCCUCGUUCUAUUCUUCCUGUAUUCAGUGUACCAGUUAUUGCCACGUUUGCGUCGUGCCUUACCUGGUGUCGUGCGGUUUUGGCAACAUUACUCGUUAUGAAUGAUUACAUGUGUUAUCUUUUAAGGAAUUAAGGCCUCUUUCUUGCUGUCCAUGUCACUGGUAAAAAAAAAAAAAAUCUAUAUUUUACAUUUACGUAUAAAGUAUUUACAAUUAAGAUGACGUAAUCCAGAGUGAAUUAGUUUAAUUAUUUAUCAAAGUAACAUUUGUGUAGAUUUCCAUUGUACCAAUAUUAUCUUUAUCCAUUAAUGAUAGGUACAGUUGUCCGGUGUAGUGACGCCAUAAAAAAAUCAUAAAUAAAUAAAUAAAACUACCAGGUACUUGACUCAGUUCUUUUUGGUCUUCACGAGGCUCUCGAUACAAAGCAAGGUCAUCAGUCAUGCAUUAAUGUCUUCUCGAUUUGUAAACAAGACAUUCACCACACCACGGCCAGCAUUCCUAGGUGAUGUUUUGUUCUCUCAGGAAGACUUUUUCAAAGGGUACAGAGAUGUAGUAGGCUGUCUCACGGGUAUUGUUGUGGAGUCUUCGUGAAACUGUCACUACCAUCAUGAAAGCGCGUCCUUGAAAACUUAACUGAAUUAAGUAUCAUUAAAAUAAGAAGCUAAAACGUUUUCAGAAUACGGACCUCUGUGAUGUUACUGGUUUAUAUCGACUGUAUAAAAAAAUAAGGACAGUCAUAUUAAUAAACAAAAUGGGAGAAUAACUGUAUAUCAUUAUAAACCGAGUAGUAUAAGCUGUCGGAGAAGGGGAAACUCCUAAAUUCAAAACUAAUCCUUAAAACCAUCGCCAUUUUGAACCCCUUGGAUAGAAUAUUACUUUUUUUUUUUUCUGUAGUAGGAUAAUUACUGUACACCACAUAUCAUAAUUUUGUAGCAUUUCCUUAUUAAACUGAGUACAAAA